UGGCGCCACCCCAGGUGAGCAGCUUGUACAAAAAUGAAGCUAAACAUUGCCUACCCGGCCACGGGCUGCCAAAAGAAGUUGGAGGUGGACGAUGACGCCAAGCUGCGCGCUUUCUAUGAUAAGCGCCUGGCCGCUGAGGUUGAUGGCGAGGCUCUUGGCGAGGAGUUCAAGGGCUAUGUACUGAAGAUCGCUGGUGGCCAGGACAAGCAGGGCUUCGCCAUGAAGCAGGGUGUUCUCACCAAUGGCCGCGUUCGCCUCCUGAUGACCCCAGGCGACCAGGGUUUCAGGGGCCACGGCCGCCGGAAGGGUGAGCGCCGCCGGAAGUCCGUUCGCGGCUGCAUCGUCUCUCCGGACCUGUCGGUGCUGAACCUGGUGAUCGUCAAGAAGGGUGAGGCGGAGCUGCCCGGCCUGACGGAUGAGGAGAAGCCCCGCAUGCGCGGUCCCAAGCGUGCGAGCAAGAUUCGCAAGAUGUUCAACCUGUCCAAGGAGGACGACGUGCGCAAGUACGUCACCAUCUACUCGCGCGAGCGGAAGGACAAGAACGGCAAGACCCACCGCAAGUGCCCUAAGAUCCAGAGGCUGGUGACCCCCGCUGCCCUGCAGCGCAAGCGCGCUCGCAAGAUCCUGAAGAAGCGGCAGCAGGAGAAGAACAAGACCGAGGCCGCCGAGUACCACAAACUGCUGAUGCAGCGCCUCAAGGAGCAGCGGGAGCGCCGCUCCGAGUCUCUGGCCAAGAAGCGCGCCCUGCGCAUGGCCAGCCAGGCCUCGAAGGAGGCUGCUCAGUAAGCAGCUGCAGUCCCGCCCCUGCUGCGGGGGCCGCAAGACGCAAUUGCCAUCACGGCCGCAGCAGGGCUGUCGGUGCUGUGCUCGGGGCUGCGCUGCCGUCUUCCGGGGCGGGCGGCGGCGUGUUUCGCCGAGUGCUCGUGAUGGAGAUCGGCGUCGAUCGCAGUGGAACGACCGUACAUUCUGUCGUGUCGUUAUUGCUUUAUCCUUGGCAAACCGGAGGGGAUGUAAACGGUUGUAAAUGCUGCUUUGACGGG